AUUUUGCAGUCUUUUGCCGAACUAAAUAACAUUGUGAGCCCAAAUGUAAAAGCUACCGAUAACUUUGCAAGCUAUCCGAUGGUGGAGGCUUAGAACAGGCGGUUUUGAUAUUUUCUCUCAAUAUAGUGUAUGUUUAGGUGAAAAAGUGAUGUGUAAUGAUCGAUUCCAUGGCAAAAGUAUAAUUUAAGAAGUUCAACGGAGCAUUACUCUGUUUGAAUGGUAUUUGCUUUGGGCCGUAGCGGUCUCUUUGAUCUCCGCGACUAUUCACUUACACCCCGAAGAUUCUUCUUUGCGAAGCAGAUUUGGUGAUCUGUGUGGAUUCAAUGCCGGUUUACUCCGUGCAUUUAUUGUCACGAUGGAUUCGACAGUGACUAAGGAUGAUAUAUCGAGCAGACUUGCUUAUACACUAGAUUCACAACAAGCACAAUCUACACGUGAAGGUGAAUCACUAAACAGCGAAUUGUGUACUAUGCCUAGACCACCUCCAACGGGAGAAGACUCGAGUGAAACUAUACGAUCGAAAGAAGCCAUUAGUGGCUCAUCCAAGGCUGAAUGUCCUAGUCCAAGACUUACACCAAGAAGAUAUACUGCAAAGGAAUUACCGGCAAGUUACGUUCAUACCAGUGAUGAAGAUAAGUUGGCUCCCCUCGGCUUUGAACCCGAAGGAGAAGCGGUCUCUACUCCUACAUUUCGUGAAGCUGGAUGUUUUUCGGAUAUGCUGAGCGAUUCAGAGGGGCGUUUUGUUUUUUAUCAGUAUUUGCGGAGAAUAAAUUGUCACAUUCUCCUGGAUUUCUGUCGUGCUUGCGACGAGUUCCGAGGGAUUGUCAACACCGCUCCACAAAAACUAUCUGCUGGUAAAGCUGUCUUCCAGCAAUAUAUAGCAACUCGAGGAACUUGCGAUCAGUUGGGUAUUAAACCAAGUAGUCGAUCUAAAAUUGUCGAACUUAUAAGCGUCCAACCUAUAGAUCCUCAGAUCUUUGAAGAGGCUUAUUCUCAAGUUGUAGCAAACAUGAAAAAUUUACACUAUAAAGCUUUUUUAAACUCCAGUUUCUUCAAAGAUUCUGCAGAAGUACAGGCUGAGUCUAAAAUAAUAAAUGAACCUUAUAAUAGAAGAUACCAGAGUGGUUACCUUCCUACUUUACCUGAGGAAAAGGUGCUUGGAUUUGGUGAUGAAAUGGAAGACUUUGAAUAUGAACAACAUUGCAAGAACACUAAACGACCGUUGUAUGUACAGACCAACUCUACAUCGGACGAAAAAAAUGCAAGAAAAUUGCUUCAUAACCCUAUUAAAGAUGGCAGCUCACCUUAUUACUAUCCWACUGCACCCUUAGCAUCAAUAACAGAAUCAGAAAGCAUAUCGAGUGAUGCUCUUACAGAUGAUACUCUAUCAAUGACUACAGACACCAGCGAUGGCACAAGAUACAGUGGCAACAGGAGAGCACAUAGAAAUAAUAGAUCAACACAACCAAGAUAUCCAUUUAUUCCACGCACACACAGAAUGCCUAAAGAAGCCAGACARCCCUUGAAUCCUGAAGAAUUUGCCAAAAUCUUGACUGAAAAGCUAGAGAAAGUUAAACUUGAACAACAAAUGCAAGAACGAGAAGCUAUAAACCUGUCACAGUCUCUUGAUGUUGAGAGACCUGGCAGCUCCCAGUCCAAAAAGUCAAUUCUACAAGAAGCAAUUGAAAACAAGGAAAGACGAGAUAAGAUUCCUCUCAGUACAAUGGUCCAUUUACCUAUGCAGGAUGACUCAUCUUCAAUAAGUACAUCCAACCAUUCCUCGUCAAAAAGCACCAGUGCACGUGCAACUGCAGGAUCAGCUGCACAAAAUAGUAGUAGUAGUGAGAGUACUCACCGGAAAUAUCGCAAUGCACGGCAUGGGCAUAAAUCUUCUAAGCACGAGAGUGAACCAGUUAAUAGACUAAAUGAACAAUUACCACCUAAUAUGUACAAAGAACCUAAAGUUAGAAACCAUAAUGUACCAAAUGACGAAAUCCCAUUUUUGACUGCAAAUCAUCACCGUAUCCAAGAGUGGAUGGCAACUGGCGAAGAAGAAUUAAAGAAACAAAAACCUAAAUCUCAUCAAUCAAAAAGYCGUCAGUCUUCUAGCAGUUGUUCAGAUAGUUAUGGUGGACACCAUCAACCUUUGCAACCCAUUGCUCAAGAUCCAAUGAUGCCUCUUCUACAUGGUCCAGAAGCUACAACAGUGCUCAGUGAAGUCAGCCGUAGACUCUGCAUGGAAACCAAAGAACAUGAUCGUAAAAGCAAACAAAGACACAGAUCUCGAAACAGUGUUGAGGAUUCAAGYGAUCAGUCUUCAUACUACGGCAAAGCAAGCACUACCGAUGCAUCAAGCUGUAGUCAAUCAUUACUUUCCUAUGAUUUAAAUCAACAUCAAUCUUAUUCAUCAUUACCAUCAUCAGCAUCAAAUAUGGGAAAUGAUACGAAAAGUCGGUCAGACAGUGGUAUUGGUGGAGGCGUAAGAAAAAAGGAGAAACAUAAUGCAACCACAUUGAUUUACUGGCUUUGGGGUGAGCCUAUUGCGUAUAGAACAUCUUUACCAGGAAGACAUAUUACUCUGGGACAGUUCAAGACACAACUUACCCCUCGUAGAGGAGAAUUCAGAUAUUUCUUCAAAACAAAGACAGAUGAACGGGAUUGUGARGUUACUGUUGUUUAUGAAGAAGUUCGWGAUGACAACAUGGAGUUACCAAUGUUUGAUGGGAAAAUUAUUGGCAAAGUAGAGAAAGUCGACUAAAACUAUUAUUAACAAAUGAACAGAGUUUUCAAUAUGGAGUUGUUGUUUUAAUACUGGAAUAUUUUAUGACUCAGAAAGGAUUUCUAAUAUUAUCAAUAUUCAAGGUUUUAUAGCCCUUGUAUGCCAGAGAAUUGGCUUUUAUGUAAAUAGACUUAUAAUAUAUUUGUAUUAUAACAUGAUAUGUUAAUGUUGUACAAUUUUAAAGCUCCUUCAAAUAAAAAUAUUAUUUUACAGAAUAAACAACAAUUGGAUUUUAA